CAACGCAUCCCUUGCAAUACAUCACCAUUAACCAAGCCCCUUUGCUGAUUACUUGGCUCCCCACCUACAGCGCCAGAUAUCCGGUCAUGACGAUCUCGCAGCCCAGCACGCUCAAAUUGACCUACUUUGAUUUCACGGAUCAUGUCGAAGCCACCCGUCUCUCGCUCCAUGUUGCAGGCAUCGAGUUUGAAGACGAGCGUAUCAGUCGAGAGCAGUUCCUUGCCAUCAAGCACACACUUCCUUUCGCUCAGCUUCCCGUUUUGACCGUCGACGGCAAGUUUAUGUUUGCCCAGUCCAAACCGAUUCUGCGCUACGCUGGUACCAUUGGAGGGCUCUACCCGGGCACCACCGAUAUCCUCACCUCUCUCCUCAUCGAUCAAAUCGUCGAGGAAAUGGGCGAUUUCUGGAUUAAACUCGUUCCCAGUUUUAGCGAGCCAGAUGAAGCCAAGAAGCUCAAGAUUGUCCAGAAAGUCUCCGCCGAGGAUUACCCAUCGAUGCUCUCUGCCCUCGAUCGGUUUCUUGCACAGCACGGAGACGGGUUUGCGGUCGGCGACAAGCUCACCAUUGCGGACCUGGCGGUGUACUGCUACUUCAACUUGAUUGUUGGACCCCGCGCUGCCGUCAAGGGCAUCCCGAACGAUCUGCUCGUGCCCUAUAGCAAUAUUUCCAAAGUCUAUAAGGCAGUUCAGACCCAUCCACUCGUUAUGGAAUGGGAGUCAAAGUUUGCCUCCGACAAGUAGCACGAAGGUGGUCCCAAGUUGUCGGCAGGACUUGACCAUCUUUCGAAUUGAAUGCUCGUUAUCUGCAGAGUCUCGGCAGAGUUGGAUCGAGGGGAUUUCCACACUGAAUGAUGUAUCGAGUGCAAAGCGUAGAGAGUGUAUUGACGACAAUAAAUCAUCCGCAAACAGCGUGUGUUUUAGCGGCGU